AGCCCGCCGGGACCUGCCGCGGGCACCGGCAAUGUCCUCGUGCUUGUAGAAGCGUCAUGACACACAGCAGCAUCAUGGUGGAUGUAGGCAAGUGGCCAAUAUUUACAUUGCUGUCCCCCCAAGAAAUCGCUUCCAUUCGCAAAGCGUGUGUGUUCGGAACGUCGGCCAAUGAAGCCAUUUACAUCACGCACAACGACGAGGUAUUUGUUUUUGGACUGAAUUGCAGUAACUGUUUGGGAACUGGAGAUAAUCAGAGCACAAUAGUACCAAAGAAAUUAGAGGCCUUAUGUGGAAAGAAGAUCUCCAGUCUCAGUUAUGGAAGUGGGCCCCAUGUUGUUCUUUGUACUGAAGAUGGUGAAGUGUAUGCUUGGGGACAUAAUGGUUACAGCCAACUUGGAAAUGGCACAACCAAUCAGGGCAUUACUCCUGUUCAAGUUUGCACAAAUCUGUUAAUAAAGAAAGUGGUGGAAGUAGCUUGUGGCUCUCAUCAUUCCAUGGCACUCUCAUUGGAUGGAGAUCUGUAUGCUUGGGGCUACAAUAACUGUGGUCAAGUUGGAUCCGGAUCUACAGCCAACCAGCCAACUCCUCGCAGAGUUUCCAACUGCUUGCAGGGUAAAAUUGUAGUUGGCAUUGCCUGUGGCCAGACCUCCUCCAUGGCUGUAGUAAACAAUGGCGAGGUUUAUGGCUGGGGUUACAAUGGCAAUGGCCAGCUCGGCCUGGGGAACAACGGGAACCAGCUGACACCAUGCAGAGUGGCAGCACUGCACAGCGUCUGUGUGCUCCAGAUUGCCUGUGGCUAUGCACACACUCUAGCACUAACAGAUGAGGGCUUGCUCUAUGCCUGGGGAGCUAACACUUACGGGCAGCUGGGGACUGGCAAUAAAAGUAACCAGCUCAGCCCCGUGCAGAUCAUGAUGGAAAAAGAAAGGGUUGUGGAGAUCGCCGCCUGCCACUCUGCGCACACGUCGGCGGCCAAGACGCAGAGUGGCCAGGUGUACAUGUGGGGCCAGUGCCGGGGCCAGUCCGUGACCUUCCCCCACCUCACCCACUUUGCCUGCACGGACGAUGUGUUCGCCUGCUUCGCCACCCCUGCUGUCAUGUGGCGCCUGCUCUCCGUAGAACAUGAAGACUUUUUAACAGUAGCAGAGUCUCUGAAGAAAGAGUUUGACAGUCCAGAAACCUCAGACCUGAAGUUCCGUGUGGAUGGAAAGUACAUCCAUGUCCACAAAGCUGUUCUGAAAAUCAGGUGUGAGCACUUCAGAACCAUGUUCCAGUCAUACUGGAACGAGGAUAUGAAGGAGGUGAUAGAAAUAGACCAAUUUUCCUACCCUGUGUAUCGUGCCUUUCUCGAGUACCUAUACACGGACAGUGUCGACCUCCCGCCUGAAGAUGCAAUAGGGCUUUUGGAUUUGGCUACUUCAUACUGUGAAAACAGACUGAAAAAACUGUGUCAGCACAUUAUCAAGAGAGGAAUUACUGUGGAAAAUGCAUUUUCAUUGCUCUCUGCUGCUGUCAGAUAUGAUGCAGAGGACUUAGAGGAAUUCUGCUUUAAGUUUUGUGUCAAUCAUUUGACGGAAGUGACACAAACUACAGCAUUUUGGCAAAUGGAUGGUCCCCUGUUAAAGGAAUUCAUUGCAAAAGCCAGUAAAUGUGGAGCCUUUAAGAACUGAAAAAAUGAGGCCGUAAGUCAAGGUGUUUGUAGGGUUCUUUUUCCAGCCACAACGUAACUGUGUGGGUCCAGGCAGGUGUUACCUGGUAUCUUCCACCACAGGACCUGAAAGGCCACAGUGAAAACGUUUUCAGUGCUCAAGAGUGAACUGUUGUAAAAAUGUCAAGCAAAAUGCUCACUUGCAUUGAACAAACCCAGAUGGUGGAACCAGCUCAAGAUUUCAGGCAGAGAGGAAAUGCUGUACUGUGCAAAAGAUUCUGGCUGGUGUUCUGGACUUGCCUUUCUAGCCUAGGAAAUCUCUGUUCUAGCACCCCCUCCUCCUAUUUCCAAUUUACUGUUUGGGGUUGGAAAAUAGUCUGACCUGAGCCACUGAAUGAUGUCAGUCAAAUCAUUAACUCCCUGGGAUUAUAGGGAAGCAAAUGGCAUGGUUAUCUCUUCCUGCAUUUGCAUGAUUGUGAAUGAAUUGGCCAUUUGCUGUGUGUAAUUAACCAAGUGUAUCCAGUGCUUCAAGUGUGCAAAAAUAAUGUAUCCUCAAAGCCUACACAAGUGACUUUGAAGAAAGGAGUUACUAGGAAAACUAAUUUGAAGUAAAUCUCUAUAUUUGGGUAUAUUUUAAUGUAAGUUGUAAUGUAUACUUUGUGUAAUCUGUUCAAGCAAUAUUUAUAAUGCUUAAUGGAAAUAAUUCUACUUUUCAGUGACUUAAGAUUAUGUUAGUUCCCUUGGAGGGGGAAGGGAAAGCUAUGUGGGGUUUUGCUUUUAAUUAUUGUCUAAAUUUAAACUACAUGUAAUAAAAUCCACUCUUUUGUACCUCUUCACUAGC